AUGCUGCGUACGAACCAAGAAUCCGUACUAAGUGAAGCACCAAAUGAGGGCUGGGUGAGCGACGGAACAGCUCUUUCCAAGCGCACCUGGAGUUUAGUUCUGUCCGCUUGCGAGAAGGUCAUACAAAUCAGAGGUGGUGUCAUCGAGGAUCCUGGAGAGGGAGACUUGAAGGCAGGCCAAAUCUCUUUCACGGUAACUGGCACGAUUGUCUGGUAG